AAACAACACCAAGAGAAGUGGGCAGUGCAAAUCUCAAUGCAACUUUGAUCUUUCUGCCUUCAAGAACUAUACGUAUUUCCACUACUUCGCCCCCUUGUCCUCCAAUCACUAUUCCGAAGUAUUGCGACUUUCCCACCAAGGGCUUCGUCUUCUUGAAGUUGGUUAUAACAGCGCACCCCAUCCUUUGCUUUUAGCACCAAGACACAACGAUACUCAUACAUAUUCUUCAUCGCCCAACCCAGCCAUCCAUUGCUCAGAGAGCAGAUCGAUCUGAUAUCAGAUACUCGUCGUAUCUGGACACUCGACACGGGAUCUUGUUCAAUCACCGUGACAUACAUUAUGGAACCAUACAAUCAGUAUGGAGACCUGCCACAAAUCCCUUUCCAAUCGGAACCUCACUCUACAACAUGGAGCGGUGAACCAUCGGCGACACUCGAGCACCGCUUUUUCGUGGCGGGCGAUGGUCAUUGCUAUCCGCAACGGGCCAGCAACGAUCUGAUGCGCCUGCAGAGGAUGCAGUACUUUUUAGGGGAACCCUCACCACUGACUUCGGGCAUGCUGCAUGCGAACCUGAACCAUGGCAUCCACCACCAGCGCCAGGUCUUGAGCCUAUAUCCCACACCAGAAUAUGCCCGACACAUUUCUCCGGAUAGGACCUCAACCUCGGGCAACUCUAGCUACGCUACUGGAAACGAAGCUCGCUCACCUCGCACCCUUCCCGUGGCCUAUGGCAGCCCUGCAGACUAUGGCCAGUUAAGCUCGCCGUAUCCAGUGACGGACCAUAUCAAGCAGGAGGCGUAUCCCCCAGAGUUCGCGCAUGGCGGUGUCAGUGUGAAUAUGCGCGAUUUAGAAUUGUAUAACCACCAACCAGAACCAGAAUCUCUUGUCGAGGAAAUCGAUGAUGCAGAGACAAAGAUGGAACUCGACGGCACCUACGAACCGGAUCCAGACUACACGAGGGUCGACUCGGGAACAGAGACAUAUAAAGAUUCAACCGACUCUACUGUCAAACAUUCAUUGAGAGAUGCUGAGUCGGUCCAACCUAUAGAGCCGAGCGAAGGCGAGUCUUCCGAUGCCGACUAUACUCCGCGAUCCACAAGACGAAGACGUUCUUCUGCUUCGUCAAAUAGCUCUCAACGCCAAGGUCAAGGUCGCCGUCGUUCUUACAUCAACGGACGGAAGCUUUCUUCCACCGCAACAAUCCCGACCACCAGGGUGACCAAAAGGGGCGGCAGGGGACCGCACAAGGUGUUGAGCGAGACUUAUACGGUAGAUUCUCAACGACACUUCCCUUGUCCGCUUACUAUGUAUGGCUGCCUGUCCACGUUCUCGUCGAAGAACGAGUGGAAACGACACGUCAGCACACAACAUAUUAAACUCGGCUUUUGGCGAUGCGAUCUCUGUGCUACUACUGUCGACCCGCACGACCCGCAGUCAGUAUACCACAACGACUUCAACCGCAAGGACCUCUUCACCCAACACCUUCGCCGUAUGCACGCCGCACCCUCUAACUCGUCGCACCGCAGCCAAAAAGAAUACCCAGUCAAUGAAGAGAACAUCGCCGAUCACCAGAAGCGAUGCUUCCAGGUCCUUCGCGAGACCCCGGCUCAGUCUAGCUGCCUCUACUGCGAUGAGACUUUCACGGGCCAUAGCUCUUGGGAGAACCGCAUGGAACAUAUUGGGCGGCACUUGGAGAAGGACCGUAAGGCUGGCAGUGUAAUUGGACAUGUUGCUACUUGGAACAUCGACAAGGAGCUUGAGCGGUGGCUCUUCGACGAGGGCGUCAUUGCGCUGGAUAAGAUGGGCAAUUGGAAGAUUGGCGAUGGUCGUCCGCGCAGGCUUGGAGCGAGCAAUGACGACACAUCUGAUGAAGAUGCUUGAACACAGCGUUCACACUGUCAUUGACUGGCGAUACGAUAUGAUGGGUUUCGGCGCUAUUGGUUUGGGCUGUAUUGAGGGCUAUGGAUCACACUCACGAAUCUCCUUAUGUUCUGAUACCCUUUGGCGUUCAGGACGAGCGUACGUUUUCUACCGGGUUCGCCGCGUUUUUCGUCAUGACACAUCAUCGCGUUGAACGCAUUGCAAAAAGAUAGUAUCGUUUGUAUCUACUAGGG